AUGUCAGUGGUGACAGCUGCUCCGCUUUUGGCGCUGUUGAAGGAAAAGGACCAAGUUGCCCAAACUUAUGCCUUAGAGUCGAUAAACGGUGUCGUGGACCAGCUUUGGUCUGAAGUGUCGAACGAGAUCUCUCAGAUUGAGGCUUUGUACGAUGAUAACUCUUUUGAAAACCGCAAAUUGGCCGCACUAGUGGCCGCUAAGGUCUAUUUUAACCUCGGAGAGUAUCAGUCAGCCGUGAAAUUCGCACUUGCCGCUGAAGAACACUUUGACGUCAACGAAAAGUCGCAAUUCGUAGAAACCAUAGUAUCGCAGAGCAUUGAGAUGUACAUGCGUGCUUCUUCUUACAAUUUUGAACACCCUGAGGAUCAGGAGCCCAUCGGACCUCAGCUCACUUCUGUCUUCGAAAAAAUGCUGCAAAAAUGCAUGGAUUGCGGAGAUUACAAACUAGCGCUUGGAAUUGCUGUGGAAAGCUACAGAGCUGAUGUUGUCGAGAAAGUUUUGGAAGCCCGUGUCGCCGAGGACUCGGAACAAAACGCUUUGAAGCUUAUCACGUAUGUGUUGAGUGCGGCGUCCACCACCGUGACCAGCACACCCUUCAGAACAGACGUUUUGCAAAAGUUGUUCAAGAUUCUGGUGUCGAUGAAGUCCCCAGAUUACUUCACUGUCUCCAAAAUCAUUGUCACUCUAAAUGAUUUGGAGUUGGGCAAGGUGCUUUUUGCCAAGCUCGCUCAAGAAGAAGCACCCGAGAUUUCUUAUCAAAUCGCUUUCGACCUUGUUUCUUCGGCCUCCCAAGGUCUAUUGAACGGUCUGGUAUCCUCUAUGAAGGCAGAAAAAUAUGACCCCAAGCUGUUGGAGAUUUUGUCUGGUAUACCGACGUGCGAUUAUUACAACACAUUCUUAUUCAGGAACAAGAAUAUCGAUCUGGGCUUGUUAAACAAGACCAAAUCAUCAAUGGACGGUAAAUUUUCUCUAUUCCAUACAGCGGUCAGUGUGGCUAACGGCUUCAUGCACGCAGGCACAACUGACGACUCCUUCAUCAGAUCCAAUCUUCCAUGGUUGGGCAAGGCUCAAAACUGGGCCAAAUUUACAGCGACUGCGUCCUUGGGAGUUAUUCACAAAGGAAAUUUGUCGGAUGGUAAAAAAAUUAUGGAACCUUACCUGCCAGGUAGCAGAGCAGCUUCCCGCUAUAUCAAAGGAGGGUCCUUAUAUGGUCUGGGCCUGAUAUAUGCAGGCUAUGGUACAGAAAUUAUUGACUAUCUCAAAUCCCAUGUCCUCGAGAACAGUUCAUCAGUUGGAGAUGAAGACGUUGACGUCUUACUGCAUGGUGCGUCGCUGGGCAUAGGUCUCGCUGGAAUGGGUUCUUCAAACAAUGAGCUAUACGAGGCUCUUAGAGAGGUUUUGUACAACGAUUCGGCCAACUCAGGAGAAGCUGCCGCCUUGGGGAUGGGACUUGUCAUGUUGGGAAGUGGUAACGCCAACGCCGUCCAAGACAUGUUCACCUACGCCCAAGAAACACAGCAUGGAAACAUUUCUAGGGGUUUGGCUGUUGGUUUGGCCGCCAUCAACUACGGAAGAAAGGAAAUGGCUGACGAUUUGAUCAGAGACAUGCUUGAACACCAGAACAGUUUAUUACGCUACGGUGGUGCUUACACAAUUGCCCUUGCAUACGCAGGAACUGGUGAUAACAAAGCAAUCAAAAAGCUGCUACACAUUGCCGUUUCGGACUCCAACGAUGACGUUAGGAGAGCGGCUGUUAUUGCGUUGGGUUUCGUUCUAAUUCGCGAUUACACUACAGUUCCAAGGCUUGUAGAGCUUUUGGCCGAAUCUCACAACGCACAUGUUCGUUGUGGUACAGCAUUUGCUCUAGGUGUCUCAUGCGCCGGAAGAGGUUUACAAGCUGCGGUCGACUUGCUUCUACCUUUGGCCAGGGAUUCGGUCGAUUUUGUGAGACAGGCCGCCAUGAUAUCUCUAUCAUUGAUUUUGGUCCAACAAACCGAAAAAACGAAUCCAAAAGUCAAAGAAAUCAACGAGCUGUUCCUCAACGUAGUUUCAAAUAAGCAUCAAGAAGGUCUUGCAAAGUUUGGUGCUUGUGUGGCGCAGGGCAUCAUGAACGCAGGAGGUCGCAACGCUACAAUCCAAUUAGAAAAUGUUGAGAUGGGCACAUUAGAUGCGAAAGCCGUCAUUGGGCUGGCCAUGUUCUCACAAUUGUGGUACUGGUUCCCAAUGGCUCACUUCUUGUCUCUUUCAUUCAGUCCUACCAGCAUUAUCGGCGUUCGUGGUCAAGAUCUAAGCAUUCCGCGUUUUCAGGUUCUCUGUCAUACGAAAGCCGAUAUCUUCGACUACCCUCCUAUGUUUGAGGAAAACACUGAUAAGAAUGUUGAAAAGGUAGCAACCGCCGUUCUUUCCACCACUGCAAAAGCUAAGGCAAGAGCCAAAAAGACCAAGAAAGACAGUAAGGAUGGUGCUGAAGAGAAGCUAAAGAAAGAAACUCUACCAGAGAUAAAGACAGAAUCAACGGAGGAACCAAAAAAAUCAGAGGCAGACGCGAAGGAAGAGACUUCCUACAAGAUAAAGUAUGUCAACAAAGCCUACAAACUUGAGAACACAUCCCGCGUGGUUCCUCAACAGCUGAAGUACAUUUCUUUCUCGAAAGACGACAGGUUUGUGCCCGUAAGGAAAUUCAGAGGUAGCAAUGGUGUUGUCGUUGUGAUUGACAAGACGCCUAAGGAGCUAGUUGAAAUAAUAAAAACUACAAAGCAAAAGAAGGACGUUGACGCGCCGCUACCUACACCAUUCAAAGUAGAAGAGGAGCUAGAGUUUUCGAGGGUUUGA